UCUCCAACCCAUUUUUGUUUUUAACAAUUGUUAGGGAGGACAACACUCAGGUUGGAAACCUUUCCGUUUCCAAAAACUUUAAAGCCCAAAUCAACUUUUCAUUAUUUCCCCUUUCCUUCUUAGUACAUUUCUUACCUCAGGGUCACUGAUUCCUGCCAGAAGUUCUGCUUGACUAAAAGGGAAGAAAAAUCUUCCAAAUUAGUAAGAUUGUAACUCAACUUCUGAUCUCUAGAGGGCAGUCUAUAAAUAUGUUUGCUCCUGGUACAGGGAUUAAAUUUGACAAAAUUUCAGUUCCACAAAAACAGUAAAGAGUAAUUUAUUAUAUUAGUACCCCUCACUUUAAUACACAAAACCAUAUAUUCACACCUUUGAAUGUUAAACCUGUUGCUCUUUUUAAGUGGAUUUUUUUAAUCUAUGCAAACUUUAAAAGACAGUUUUCAGCGUUGUUGGUUCCACAUUUUAGAAAUUCAGCUAAUCCAAGGACUCUCCAAAUCUGGAGCAACUAUUUAGGUGUCGUUUCUGCUGCCAUUCCUGGGUAUAAGAGAACGGGAUGACUGACCUUGCUUUCCCUAAAAGACAAGCAGGACUACUGUAGUUGCAACAUAGGCGCUUGUCAAAUAACAGCUGAGACUUGGUGCCGCCCGGAUCUGGAGGCCUCCUCCGGGAACUCGCUUCUGCCAUCCACCUCGGGGCGUCGUCAGCUCCCACUGCUUGGGUUCCGGACAUCUGUGAGGGUCCUACCUUCCCGGCUAUAACAGCCGCUGUCCCGCCGGGGGAAGGGGGGGGCGCUGGUGGUGCCCCGCCUCCCCUGUCGGUCACUGCAGCUGCCGCCAUGGAGGGGCCAAUGGCUGCACUGGGUGAGGGGCUGAGGCUUCCUAAGCUGCUCACGUCACAUGCUGCCAGCCCCGCCCCGGCCUUGCCUAGUACUUCGAGCCCAGCGGGUAAAAUUGCUCAAAUUGCUCAGCUGCGGACACCCAGCCAGGUCUUCCACAAUGCUGCUGCUGCUGCAGAGAACUGUGGUCAUGGGACUUCGGCAGUCUGUCAGACUUAAGUCAACUUCCUCAAGGCUCUGUAUUCAAGCAUGCUCCACAAAUGAUUCAUAUACGCCCCAGCACUCCAGCCUCACCUUCUCCAAUGAUAAUUCAAGCUCUGGGCGAUGGAGAGUCAUGGGGACCCUGCUAGGCCUCGGUACAGUGUUGGCAUAUCAUGACCAUCGGUGUAGGGCUGCUCAGGAAUCACCACAUAUGUACACUAAGGAGGAUGUGAGUUCCCACAACAACCCUGAGACUGGAAUCUGGGUAACCCUAGGUUCUGAGGUCUUUGAUGUCACAGAAUUUGUGGGCCUACACCCAGGAGGACCAUCAAAACUGAUGUUAGCAGCUGGUGGUCCCCUAGAACCCUUCUGGGCCCUCUAUGCAGUUCAUAAUCAGUCUCAUGUGCGUGAAUUAUUGGCUCAGUACAAGAUUGGGGAACUGAACCCUGAAGAUAACAUGUACCCCACCUUGGAGACCUCUGACCCUUAUGCUAAUGAUCCUGUGCGCCACCCAGCCCUGAAGAUUAACAGCCAGCGCCCCUUUAAUGCAGAGCCUCCCCCUGAGCUGCUUACAGAAACCUACAUCACACCCAACCCCAUCUUCUUCACCCGGAACCAUCUGCCUGUACCUAACCUGGACCCAGAUACCUAUCGCUUGCAUGUAGUAGGGGCACCUGGAGGUCAGUCGCUGUCCCUGUCCCUGAAUGAAUUGUAUAAGUUUCCUAAACAUGAGAUCACUGUCACUGUGCAGUGUGCCGGCAACCGGCGUUCUGAGAUGACUCAGGUCAAGGAAGUAAAAGGUCUGGAGUGGAGGACAGGGGCCAUCAGCACUGCACGCUGGGCUGGGGCACGGCUCUGUGAUGUUUUAGCCCAGGCUGGUCACCAACGCUGUGAAACUGAGGCCCAUGUCUGUUUUGAGGGACUGGACUCAGACCCCACUGGCACUGCCUAUGGAGCAUCCAUCCCUCUGGCUCGGGCCAUGGAUCCUGAGGCUGAGGUCCUCUUGGCAUAUGAGAUGAAUGGGCAGCCUCUGCCUCGUGACCAUGGCUUCCCUGUACGGGUGGUGGUUCCUGGUGUGGUAGGUGCCCGCAAUGUCAAAUGGCUAGGCAGAGUAAGUGUGGAGUCAGAGGAAAGUUAUAGUCACUGGCAACGGCGAGAUUACAAAGGCUUCUCUCCAUCUGUGGAUUGGAACACUGUGGACUUUGAUUCAGCUCCAUCUAUUCAGGAACUACCUAUCCAGUCAGCCAUCACACAGCCUCAGGACGGGGAGACUAUAGAGUCAGGAGAAGUGACUAUCAAGGGCUAUGCAUGGAGUGGUGGUGGUAGGGCUGUGAUUCGGGUGGAUGUGUCUUUGGAUGGGGGACUAACGUGGCAGGAAGCUGAGCUAGAUGAAGAGGAACAGCGCCCCAGGAAGGCCUGGGCCUGGCGAUUAUGGCAGCUGCAAGCCCAUGUGCCACCUGGACAAAAGGAAUUGACCAUCAUUUGUAAAGCUGUGGAUGACAGCUACAACGUGCAGCCAGACACUGUGGCUCCCAUCUGGAACUUGCGAGGUGUGCUCAGCAAUGCCUGGCACCGUGUCCAUGUUCAUGUAGUCCCAUGAAACCAUGAAAUGGAGCCAUCUACACCUGAAGGUCCACCUCAACCCCUUUUCCUACCCAUCCUUAAACUUUACUGCGUCAGAAAAACUUUGGCUUCCUCUUCUUGGAUUUUACCUUGUACUGUGACUUCCUAAGCCAGACCCAGGAACACACAUUGCACAUUUCCACCAAGAGCCCACUCUCCUUUGAUACUAUUUACAUACCUCCUGUGCCAGGAGGGAAGCUAUUGGAGCAAGAGACUAGAGGUGAGAAAGUAGUUCUGAAGACAACUAAUUUCUCAUCCCGCUAUGCCUAUUCUUCCAUCUUCCAUCGUGGCCUUAUUUUGUAUUUCUUGAAUUCUUCAGCAAAUGUCUGGUGUAUCUAAGAAGUACACAUUACUACUUUCUAUUGCUUCUGGGUUGCAAGGGGGUUCGGUUCCUCUUAUAGCUCUACUUUUCUAAAUAUACCAAUAAAGUGUCUGUUUAUGACUGGAGGGCC